UAAAACCUUAAACCUCAGAAUUUAAACACCAAAACUCCCAUAUAAUUAAACUCCCCAACGGUCAUAUUUCUCCACUGUUGACACAUUUUCUGCAUUCGCCCAAAAAAUGUUCAGUAAUACCAAGGUUUUAGAGAGAGAAAGAUCCAAGAAGAUGGAAGAUUACAAGAACAUCACCCCUCCAUCAUCGCCCACUUUCUCCUUUUCAGGAAACAACGAAAAUUUGAAUGAAAGUAAACGAAAUUCAGAGCAAAUAAGCAAGAAACCCUUCAUGUCACCCACAAUCUCUACUGCUUCAAAGAGUGUUACACCCAACAAGAAGAGGAUCUUAGCAGAGCGGAAACCGCCAAAAAUGGGUACAAUUUCAAGUUCUACCACUCCUACAAAAUCUCUGUCUAAAAUCUCAACAUUUUUUUCUGAAGAUGAAACUUUUGUCCCUGAUUCUACUACUAAACCUUAUGAUCCCGUCACCAAUUAUCUCUCUCCCCGGCCUAAGUUCCUCCGGUACAACCCCAACCGAAAGCGAAAACUCGUGUUGCAAACGCAAGCCAAAAGCGGCAGUACUACUACUAGUAGCAGUGGUGUUACUGUUAGCCCAAAGAGUGUUUCCCUUGAUUCUCAGAGUUCUUGUAGUGCGUUUGAAACUACGGGAAAUCCUGAUCAAGAAAUAGUGGAGGACGAAGAUGAAGAAGAAGUGGGGUGGAAAUGGGUAUUGCUUAAUUGGUUUUUUGUGAUUUUUGCGGUGGUUUUUUGUACCAAGUAUAUUUCUUCAAUGAACAAUAACCCAGAAAUGAUUGAGUUUCAAGAUUUUGGGAACUUAACUUUUGGGAUUGUUUCGUUGAGGAGUCUUGAUUCUGGGUAUUGGGUGUCUGAAUUUGAUGCAAAAUACUUGUAUGAGUUUGUGAGUGAAAUUGAAGAAAAUCAAGUACCCUUUAGUCCUGAAGAGGGAAAUUUGAAUUAUGAGAUUGAUUAUGCAGAACAUUUUAGGGAUUUGGAUGGUUUUAAGCAAGACAUUGGGGAAUAUGAUGCUUUUCCUGAAACAAUUGUGGAAAUUGAGGCACCUAUUGAUGGUUUUAAGCAAGACAUUGGGGAAUAUGAUGCUUUUCCUGAAACAAUUGUGGAAAUUGAGGCACCUAUUGAUGGUUUUAAGCAAGACAUUGGGGAAUAUGAUGCUUUUCCUGAAACAAUUGUGGAAAUUGAGGCACCUAUUGUUGCUGAACCAAAAUUUGAAGGAGAUGAAGUGAAAAAUUUAGUUUUUGAUGCAACAAUUGCUGCCCCUAAACCCAAUGUGGUAGGUGAAGAAGAGAAAUUGGUUGAUUUUAAAGAGAAGAUUCAUGAUUUGGCAGCAAAAGAGGUAGAAAUUGCAGGUGAUGAUCAUGAAGUUGUUGGUGAUAAUCACGAAAAUAAGGAAGUAGACAUAGUUGAAAUUGGUGAAAAACAAUGGAGAUUAACCAAAAUGGAAUACAUUUGGGUUGGGGGAUUAACUGUUGCUUCUUAUGUGGGUUUUCUAGUGGUGCUGUUUAUCCGCAAGUGGAAGAAGGCUUUUACAAUGAGCGGUUACUCAAAAAGGAAGAGGAAUUCUGAAGCUGUAAAGGAAGAAAGUGGGAGAUCUUUUAGAGAAGACUUAGAAUUGCAUAAUUGUUUGGCAGUUAAUGUUGAGUCAAUGCAGAAGACUCCGACCGCAAAGCUGGUUGGUGAGGUCGAUUUUGGAGGACAAUUCAGUGGAGCAGUAAAGAUGCAAGGGAGAGAUGGAAGUGUGUUUUCUGUUCCUGAUGAAAGAAGUACAAAGAAGAGCAAGGUUUCUAGUUCUAGUUCUACUUCUACUUCUACUUCAGAGGAUGGCAAAGAGGAAGGGACAGCAUUAAGGCGGUCGCAACGACUCCGGAAGAAAGGAGUUGCAUCUCCAUGAAAAUGCAUACCAACAAGUUAGCACCAUAUUUCAGUGUUUUCCUGCUGAAAUUCUCACCAUCCUUUUCACUCUUUAGCAAUUAAGGUUGGAGUUAAUCUGUAACACAGUAAUUGUUGUGAUACUGUACUAAAUAUAAUCCAUGUUUCGUAUACUUUUGUAUAAGUAAAACUAGAAUAAUUUUAGACCUAUUAUUUUUCUCUGAUAAUGACUAACCUAUGUUCCCUUUUUCCUUUCAAA